AUGGAAAACCUCUCAACGGUGGUGUUGAUUUUGGUUCUCUUAGUGAACUUCCACUGCACUGCCGUUUUUGGUCAUUUGAAAAGUGUAGUUGGUAGUGCAGCUGGUGCUAUAGGAGAACAGCCUCUAUCAAAGAUUGCAAUCCAUAAAACCACACUUGCUCUUAGUGGUAAUGCCUCCAUUCAAGCCACCCCUCUUCUUCUUGGACUCAAGGGUGAAGACACUGGAUGGGUCGUUGUGGAUUUUGUAAACGAAGAACCUUCUAAUGAUGACUGGAUUGGAGUUUUUUCUCCAGCAAAAUUCAAUGCAUCGAAUUGUAAAGUGGAAAAUAACCGUAGAGUACAAGCUCCAUAUACAUGCUCCGCCCCAAUUAAGUACAAGUAUGCAAAUCACUCGAAUCCUGAUUACACGACAACUAAGAAAGCUUCAGUAAGGUUCCAGUUGAUCAAUCAGCGAGAAGAUUUCUCCUUUGCAUUGUUUGCGGGCGGAUUGUCAAAUCCGAUACUCAAAGCAAUAUCUAAUUUCAUAGCUUUUGCAAAUCCUAAAGCACCAGUUUUUCCUCGCCUUGCUCAAGGGAAAUCUUGGGAUGAAAUGACAGUUACAUGGACAAGUGUUUAUAAUAUAGAUGAAGCCAUUCCUUUCGUGGAAUGGGGUUGGAAGGGUCAAGAACAAAAGCGCUCACCGGCUGGAACAUUAACAUUUGAGCAAAACAGCAUGUGCGGUCCACCUGCUAGUACAGUUGGCUGGCGUGACCCUGGUUUCAUACAUACGAGUCACUUAAAGGAUUUGUGGCCAAAUAUUGAACAUACGUACAAGUUGGGUCACCUAUUAAUUAAUGGCUCCAUUGUUUGGAGCAAGAUGUACUCAUUCAGAUCGUCCCCAUAUCCGGGACAAGACUCACUGCAACGUGUAAUAAUAUUUGGUGACAUGGGCAAGGCGGAACGUGAUGGUUCAAAUGAGUACAGCGAUUAUCAACCUGGCUCUUUGAAUACCACUGAUCAACUCAUCAAGGAUCUCAAUAACUUUGACAUAGUUAUGCAUAUAGGAGAUCUCCCAUAUGCAAAUGGCUAUAUCUCACAAUGGGACCAAUUCACAGCACAGGUGGAACCCAUAGCAUCAACUGUCCCUUAUAUGAUUGCAAGUGGUAAUCACGAGCGUGACUGGCCUGGGUCAGGAUCCUUUUAUGACACUCCAGAUUCUGGUGGUGAAUGUGGUGUGCUAGCUGAGACCAUGUUCUAUGUUCCCGCAGAAAAUAGAGCCAAGUUUUGGUACUCAACAGAUUAUGGUAUGUUCCACUUCUGCAUAGCCGAUACUGAGCAUGAUUGGAGGGAGGGAACUGAGCAGUACAAGUUUAUCGAACGUUGCCUUGCACAAGCAGACAGGCGAAAACAGCCUUGGUUGAUCUUUGCUGCUCAUAGGGUCCUUGGUUAUUCUUCUAACGACUGGUAUGGAUCAGAAGGUUCAUUUGAAGAGCCCAUGGGAAGGGAAAGCUUAGAAAAGCUUUGGCAAAAGUACAAGGUGGACAUUGCGUUCUUUGGCCAUGUCCACAAUUAUGAAAGAAUUUGCCCAAUUUACCAGAAUCAGUGUGUGAAUUCUGAAAUAUCACACUACUCUGGCACUGUGAAUGGGACAAUACACGCUGUUGUUGGUGGAGGAGGGAGCCAUUUGUCGGAGUUCAGUCCCCUUGAAACCGCUUGGAGUCUCUAUAAGGAUUAUGAUUUUGGAUUUGUCAAAUUGACUGCAUUUAACCACUCCUCCCUUCUUUUCGAAUACAAGAAGAGCAGCGAUGGAAAGGUAUAUGACUCUUUCACUAUCUCAAGAGACUAUAAAGAUGUCUUAGCUUGUGUGCACGAUGGCUGUGAAGCAACCACUUUAGCAACUUGA